CAGGCCUUAAAAAUAGGCUCAGGCUGGGCCUGGGAGGCCGGCCCGGCGAUGGCGGCCGCCUGCCCUCCCACCACCCGGUUUCACCCCGUCCACGGGGCCAACGUCUGCCUUGACGCCUCCCGCACCCAGGCCACUCGGGUGGAGAGCUUUGCCCACGGCCUGUGCUUCAGCCACGAGCCGCUGGCCCCCGGGCAGGUCUUCCUGGUGGAGAUUGCGGAGAAGGAGCUGGGCUGGUGCGGGCACCUGAGGGUGGGGCUGACCGCGCAGGACCCGCGCGGCCUGGCCCCCGUGCCGGAGUACUCGCUGCCCGACCUGGUCAACCUGGGGGACAGCUGGGUGUUCGCCAUCACCCGCAACCACAACCGGGUCUCCCCAAGGGGCGCCGAGGAGCAGGUCUCUGCCGGGGCGCGGGGCUUCCUCCUCAGCCCCUACCUGCGCAUCGAGCACGUCAGGCUCCCGCGGGACCAGCUGGUGGGCCGCAGCAGGCCUGGCCGGUACAGCCACAUCCUGGACGAGCUGUACCGGGCGAACGUGAUCCCUGCCACGGCGCGCAGGAGCCGGAUCGGGGUGCUGUACACGCUGCAGCCGGACGGGACGGCGGACAUGCACGUCGUCAUCAACGGCGAGGACAUGGGGCCCAGCGCCCGGGGCCUGCCCGCCUCGCGCCCGCUCUACGCCGUGGUCGACGUCUUCGCCUCCACCAAGAGCGUCCGCCUCAUCCAGCUGGAAUAUGGCUUCCCCUCCCUGCAGACCCUCUGCCGGCUGGCCGUCCAGAAGCACGUUGUCCACCGCCUGGCAAUCGAUGGGCUCCACCUCCCGCAGCUGCUGAAGAACUUCUGCAAGGACGAGUGAGGGGCCAGCGCUGCGCGGCCCCCUGGCAGCCCCGGCGUCGCCGCGGGGACCUGGCUGGCUCGGGGGCGCGUGGACGCGGCGACCGUGCGAGGCGGGCCGUGGCCGGCUCUGCCGACGAAGGGCCCCGUCGUGGCCACCUGCGUGGGGCGUGACGGCAGAGGCGGGCCGCCCUGCACGGCGGAGCAGGCCUGGCAGCGGGGGGGGGAGGCUGCUUCCAGUCAACGAGACGAGG